AUGCAAGCUUUUGUGAUGCUCUUCUUAGUGGUUGCAGCAUUGAUGAGCAAUGAUGUCUAUUCAUUACCCGCAAUCAACUUUACAGAUACUGAAUUAUCAAAUCAAAUGAUUAAAACAUUGAGCGAAGCUCUUUUAGCUCAAGGCGAACAACAACAACCUAUUCGAGCUGAUCCUCGAAGCUAUUACUAUCCGUACCCAUAUCAAAAUGUUAACUGGUAUAAUUUUCCUUAUUUAUGGCCUGCUGUCGCUGGUGGUCUUCUUGAUCCCACAGCACCGCUCGCUGGUGUUGGUGCUCAAAUGACGGGCUUAGGUACUGGUGGAUGUCCAACAAAUUUUUGUCCAACUGGUGCUACUUGCUCACAACAAGCUGGUCAAUGGCAAUGUGGAUGUGGUACAAAUAGCUGUGUUGGAAGUAAGCGAUUCAUUUAUUUAUUUAUUCAUUUUUAUUAG